CGAAAACAAAAGUAGUGGGAUCAUCGAUUCCGGGAGAAGGGAUAACAACGACGAGCGCAUCACAGCAUAACGUGAGUGCAGGUUAUAAUCGUGUCACAGCAAUACUGCGUAAAUUCAACCGUGUGUUGCUUUCGAGCGAAAUAAUGUCCGAUCAACUUCACGAUCAAUUCUGAACUGUGUACUCCUCUUUCCGAAAACGAAACAAAAAAAGAAGUAAGAAAAUAAUCACCCGAAAUGGCCGCAUUAGCGUUAGGUAUGGUUCGGUUGACGUCAUUAGGCCAAUCCUCUUCCGUCAAGCUGCUUUCGGUGGCACCGAGGCUGUACACAUCUGGCAAUGGGUUCAACCGAUACGUAUACAGCACACUAUCGACAUCGUGCCUGUACAACAGAGGUCGAUACGCUACGAUAAGCCAACCCGUCCCAACAUGGUACACCAGUGUGUCAUUGCGGUGCUUUACACAGGGUGACGCUUUGCGGCGGCUGCAAAAACCCACAAACGAACAGCAGCAGGAAAGCGACGAACCUACACCGGCCUCCACACCCGUACCGGAGAAACUUGGCCUCUUCGCUCGGUUCAAGAAGAUGUACAAGGAGUACUGGUACGUGCUUGUGCCCGUUCACUGUCUCACGUCGGUUAUGUGGUUCGGUGGCUUCUAUUACGCCUCGACCAGUGGUGUCGAUGUGAUUGCAAUCCUUGAAUCACUCGGUGUGUCCGAAACACUGAUUAACCCGGUGCGAGAUUCCAGCCUGGGCCAUAUAGCUGUUGCGUACCUGUUGUAUAAAAUAGCGACUCCGGCUCGAUACACAGUCACGCUUGGUGGCACAACGAUUUCCAUCAAGUAUCUGGAACAGUGGGGCUACAUCAAACCGAUGCCUUCUAAGGCGCGACUGGUACAGAUGUACAAGGACAAGAAGGAAAACAUCCAGGAUAAGAUAGCGGAAAAGAAGCAAGACUUUAAGGACCGCAAACAGCUGCUAACGGAAAAGAAGAACAACCUUAUGAGUGAUCUUAACAUCAAGGAUAAGGACGGCAAGGCAGCCGCAACAACGGCGACGACCACGAGUAGCGUAACCGACAACAAAUAGCGCGCGUCGUAACAUAUGCUUGCAAGACAAAAAAAAAAAACAUUGAAGCGGGUUGUCGUGGUGAUGGUUGCCUUUUUCUGUUGUUUUCCACCAUGCCAGCUUAUGAAGUGCGGUUGUGGAUAAAGCUAUCGCUGCAGGGCUCACAUUAGCGAGUUUCAAGCCUAGGUCUAGCGAUUGUGAAAACAUAAGUGCAAAUACACAUUUUGUCAAAC